AUGGCUCCCUCUAACCUCCCCGCCGUUUUCAACGCCACUUCCCAGGACAUUGAGAUGCUCCUCGCCGCUCAAUGCCACUUGGGAAGCAAGAACCUUCAGACUCACAUGGAGCCUUACCUCUACAAGACUCGUGUCGACGGUAUCAACGUCCUCAACAUCGGCAAGACCUGGGAGAAGAUCGUUCUCGCUGCCCGCAUUAUCGCCGCCAUCGACAACCCCGCCGACAUUUGCGUCAUCUCUGCCCGUCCCUACGGUCAGCGUGCCGUCCUGAAGUUCGCCGCCCACACCGGAGCCGUCGCUAUUGCCGGUCGCUUCACCCCCGGUAGCUUCACCAACUACAUCACCCGCUCUUUCAAGGAGCCCCGCCUCAUUAUCGUUACCGACCCCGUACCGAUCACCAGGCUAUCAAGGAGGCCAGCUACGUCAACAUCCCCGUCAUCGCUCUCUGCGACACCGAUUCCCCACCGAGUACGUUGA